AGAACGACCCUGUUUCAUUGCAUUCUUAAGACAUUCAAAUACAAUGGCUGGCGUUGCGACAAAAGGAUCCAGUCUCAUUAACAGGCUGCUUGUGCAAGCAAGACCACAGUUGGACGUCUUUCUGAAAUACGCCAAAGUGGAACUAACUCCACCAACUCCAGCCGAUAUUCCAGCUAUUCGCCAAAGCAUUGGCAAUAUAAUCAAGGGUGCAAAGACCGGAUCUUACAAGAACCUAUCGGUCAGGGAAGCAUGGCUUAACACCCUUGUCACCGCCGAGGUUAUCUUCUGGUUCUACAUUGGCGAGUGCAUCGGCAAGCGUCACCUCGUUGGCUACAAAGUCUAAAUUUACAGUUACGAAAACUUAGCGAAUGACAAAUGAAUUGUCAUCCCUAACGAUUAUGUAUGUAAACGAAUAAAAUUUCAAAAUUAAAUGUA